AUGCAUGGCCGUCUCGAUUGCUGGGUCUGCUUGCUCGUCCUCUGUUUUCGCGCGGACGCGGGGCCCGCCACGCUGCGCCUGCACCUGCUCGAGGGCAGCCACGCGCGGUGCAACGACGGCUCCAAGCCGGGAUUCUACCUCCGAGAGGGCUCCGGCGUCCUCCUGGUCUGGCUCGAGGGGGGAGGUGACUGCGGCACCCAGGCAACAUGUGACGCCCGGCCAGCGGCGCUCAAAGGCUCAGCCCACUGGCCACAGCUGCGGCAGCUUGAUGGGAUCUUCUCGGAUGCCGAGGAUGCCAACCCUUUCUUUGCGACGGCCACUCGCGUGUUCGUGCCGUACUGCAGCUCUGACUCCUGGGUUGGCAACCGGGAAGCACCAGCUGCCGGCUAUUUCUUCCAGGGCGAGCGCAUCAUCUCGGCCGUCCUUGAAGAGCUUAGGAACCGCUCGGUUUUCGAGGGCAUCGACCUACUGGUCUUCGGCGGCUGCUCUGCGGGGGGCCGCGGAGCGCUCUACAACUUGGACAGGGUCUGCUCUGGGCUGCCCGCUACACUGCGCUGCCGGGGUUUUUUGGAUGCGGCCUGGUGGGUCCGGGAUGAGGGCGCGAUGGAGCAGGGCGCGAAGGAGGGCCUCCAGUUGUGGGGGCCGUCUGAAUCAUUGGCGCCUUGCCUUGCGACGGCAGGAGAGCAUGCGGCCCACUUGUGUCUCUUCGGGCCGCACUUCGCGCCGUACGUCCGGACACCUUUCUUGGUGCACGAGGAGCAGUUCGACUACUUUAUGUUGUCCAAGCGUGGUGUCCAGCGUCCAGUGUUCCUAUGGAGCCCGGAGGCUUGGCAGCUCGCCUGGGAACUCCAACGGCAGGUGAAGAGCACCCUGCCAAUAAUUAGCGGCCGGCGCGAUGCUGCGGCCUACAGCGCGACCUGCACGCAGCACUGCUUCGCCGAGAGCAGCCUCUUCUGGCGAGUGCGGGUGCCCGCGCCGCGGGGCCUCUUCCAGAGCUGGAGCCUCGAGCAGCUCGCCCGCUCUUGGCUCCAGGAGCUGCCAGGGUCUUCCGAUCCCGUCGGCGGCGUUCUCAUUGACGACUGCUCUGAUGCAAACUGUCCAGAGCAACGAGGUUCCUCCGGCUGUCCUUUCGAGCCCUCCCUGCGGGACCUGCUGCUCUUAGCGUGUCUUCCACUGGUGCUGCUCGCGUGUUGUAUCCUGCUGCUGUUGCGACGACGUUGGCUCCUGGGGCGAUGCCGUCGGAGGUUUCGGCAGGAGCGAUCGCCCACUCCACAAAUGCUCGGUGCAAGCUUUGGAGAAGCCGACGGAUUUCCCCCUCACGCCAUGAACAGCUCGAAUAUAGAUAGAACAUCUCUAGAGCAGCAGGAGUGGUAG